CGGAACCAAAUUAAACAUAUCCUUCUAUACUAAUUUUCUCACCCUACUACAUAUUCACCACUCAGAGGAAACUCCGACCGCUAAUUGGCUACAUGAUGAGCUGGCUGCUGGCCUGAUCUGAUCGUACAACCACGGGACAUACCAUCUUUUCCACUGUCAGAUCGUAUGAUCCCGUCCUUCCCCCUCAUCUCACACUCAUCUCAACAAGUAUACUAAACCACCAUCUUCCAUCACCAUCAUCAUCACAUCUCUAUCAUCUGUACAAGUACAAGAAAUACACCAUGACCCCCUCCACCAUAAUCAUCAUCGGCACCGGCCUCGCCGGCCUAACAACCACCACUCAACUCCUCACCCACCGAAUCCCCGUCCUCCUGCUCGAACGAUUCCCCAAACCCGGCGGAAACAGCAUCAAAGCCUCCAGUGGCAUCAGCGGUGCUCCGACGCGGUUUCAACCCCUCCCUAACCUUGACAGUAUUGCUAGUUUUCAGGCCGAUACGGUUAGUUCGGCUGGUGGGCCAUAUGUUUCGGCUACGGGGGCGGAGAAGGCUCGGCGGGAGAAGUUGGUUCAGACGCUUGUGGAACGGUCCGCGGAAGGGAUUUAUUGGCUUACGGAUGAGAUGGGGGUUGACUUGAGUCGGGUGACGAGGUUGGGGGGACAUAGUGUUGCGAGGACGCAUCGGGGAGCUGGGAAGAAGACGCCCGGGUUUGAUAUUGUGAGUACGUUGUUGGGGAAGGUGGGUGGGGAUGAAUUGGUGAAGAUGGAGACGGGGAGGAGAGUUACGAGGAUUUUAAGGGAUGAGGGUGGGGGGAAAGUGACGGGGGUGGAGUAUACGGUUGCCAAGGAGGGGAAUGAGACGGUACUGGAGAGGGCGUAUGGGCCGGUGGUGGUUGCGAGUGGAGGGUUUGCGGGUGAUGCGCGCGGAUUGUUGGCGCAGUAUCGCCCGGAUCUGGCGGGAAUUCCGUCGACAAAUGAGGAGCGUGAAGGGACACAACCUCUCCUGCAGGAGAUUGGGGCCGCGGUGGUGGAUAUGGAGCAGGUGCAGGUACAUCCGACGGGGUUUCUGGAAGGUGGGGAUGGGGAGGCGAUGGUGAAGAUCUUGGCGGCGGAGGCGCUGCGGGGAGAGGGGGGUGUUCUGGUCCUGGGUGAUGGGAGACGGUUCGUCAAUGAGUUGGAGACGAGGGAGAAGGUGACGGGGGAGGUGAUGGAACAGGCGGAGAGGUUGCCCACCAAGGCGAGGCAGUGGGAUGUGAAGCUGGUGCUGGAUGAGGGGGCCGCCGCCGCGUUGGAGUCGCAUCUGGGCUUUUAUAUGUGGAAGGGGCUGAUCCGCAAGACGACGGUGGGUGAGCUCGGGGAGGAGAUGCCGGCGCUGGAGGGGACGCUGCGGGAGUAUGUCGAUGUGGUGUCGGGGAAGAAAAAGGAUGAAUUUGGACGGGAGUCGUUUGGAAACUGGACGCUGACAGAGGUGAAGCCGGAGUCAGUGGUAUAUGUGGGCAAGGUGACGCCGGUCGUGCACUUCACCAUGGGAGGCGUGGUGAUAAACGAGCGCAGCCAGGUGCUCGAUGGCCAGGGCCAGCCCAUUCCAGGCCUCUGGGCAGCAGGUGAGAUCACCGGAGGACUCCAUGGCCAGAAUAGGUUGGGAGGAUCGUCACUCCUGGAAUGUGUCGUCUUCGGUCGCAUUGCCGGAGAUGAAGCCGCCACGUUCUAUCAGGGCCUGGAGGCAUGCUCUUGACGAUGAUUCCCGGUGGGUCAGUCCAGUGGUCCGCAGAUCAGUGUUGCUUGUCGUUUUUAAUAUGUAAUAAGCUACCGGUGCAGUGGCCUGAUCAAUAUCUAUUAUGUUAGUAAUGCGAACCUGCUAUAGUAAACACUGUCAUCAUGAAGUGUAGUGUGUCAUCCC